UUGUUUUUUACAGCUGUUCAAUAUUGACUACAUCAGACAAAUCGAGUUCUAAUUCUUUUAAGUUAAUCCAUUAUUUUGUGCAAUUAAAAAGUAUUAAUUAAGAUUAAUUUGUCGAUAUUUGCGACAUAAGAAGUGACGCGUUUACACGGGGGAGGAGAACAACAGCUGUUCGUUGUUCGAUGUUUUCAAGCCUGAUAAUAGCACGUGAGGCAUUCAAAUUUUCUCAGUGACUGUUGUCCCUUGAAGUAAAACCUUGUCAUUAUAAUCUUGCUAAAAGAAGAAACUUUAUUGAUAGUACUAUUGCGUGCACUUGCAUUUAAAAUGGCCCAAAACAUUAACCCAUUUUAUUCUUCUCAAAACACACCAAGCAAAGCUACAGAAGAGAAACAGAGCAAACCUAAAGAUAAUCAUGCAGUUAGUAAACGACUACAAAAGGAACUUAUGGUUUUGAUGACGAGUACAGAUAAAGGAGUCUCUGCUUUCCCAGAAAGUGAAAACUUAUUCAAAUGGAUUGGAACUAUUACGGGACCUAAAGAUACAGUUUAUUCUGGCUUUGUAUACAAAUUGACCUUGGAAUUUCCACAUAGUUAUCCAUACAGUGCACCAAUAGUACGAUUUGCCACCCCUUGUUUUCAUCCAAAUGUGGAUUCGGUUGGAAAUAUUUGUUUGGAUAUAUUAAAAGAUAAGUGGAGUGCUCUAUAUGAUGUUCGUACUAUUUUAUUAUCUAUACAAUCUCUACUUAGUGAACCUAACAACGAUAGUCCACUUAAUCCAAUGGCAGCCGAAUUGUGGAGCGAUCAGACAAAGUAUAAAAAGCACUUAACGGAAGAAUAUCACAGAAAUCACAAACUUAAUCAAGAUUCAUGAUAAGUCCAUAAUUAUAAUCAUUCUGAAUCUUCAUUACUAUUAUUACUAUCAGUGUUUUGAUUAUAACUAAGUAAAAAGUUGAACCUUGUAUGCUUCUAAGACUUAUUUACAUUGACAUGAAAUCUUUAGAUUCAU